GUACCAGGCUCAUUUCCUUUUCCAUUCACACCUUAUGAUAUCCAGAAAGAUUUUAUGAGAAAUUUAUAUGAAUGCCUGGAAGCUAAAAAGAUUGGAGUAUUUGAAAGUCCUACAGGAACUGUGAGUAUUCAGGUGUUGUCAAAUCUCUUCUGUGCUCUAUAUAUACUGAAAUAAAGCAGACUGUGGCCGAUAUUCUCAGUGUUUAAUGAAAACAAAUGGUUUAAGUUUAAGUAGUUAAGUUAUAUUUAUGUUCAGGUAAAUUAAUUUUAUAUAUUACUCUAAUAUUGUUUAUGAUUAUGAGAUUAUUUGAAUUAUAUUUAUUUGUUUAGGGUAAAUCACUCAGCAUAAUAUGUGGUGCCCUGAGGUGGUUGAAAGAUUUACAAGAGAAACAAAGGAAAGAACUUGAAAACUUAAAACAGCUUGCCUGGUUGGUUCUCUUUUUUUUUCUACAAGAUCUUACCAAGUUAGAGUUGAUGUUUUACAUACUUUUCUUUUGCAAAAAUCUUAAUUUAAAAUAUGCCAUAUUAGUAUCAAGUUAUAAAUUGUAAAACUAGCUAAACAUUCGUUGUAACAAGAUUUAAAGAAUCAAAAGCAUAUAAUUUUCUUCCUUUGUGGUAAUAGUUUUUAGCAAGGCUGUGAAGUCAGAAAGUUUUGCUGGAGUUCAAAUUUAAAUCCUGAUGAAAUGUUAUCCACUCCACAGCCCUUAGUUACUGCUGUAGGUUUUAUUGAUAUUUUAUAAGUUUGUUUAUUUAUGUUGUUUCAGUGAGACAGUUGCCAAACCUGCUCAGGCUAAUGACAAGAAAGGUUUUUAUGAUUUUGCUACUAUUACUACUAUAUUUAACCUCUAUAUUUUAUUAUUUUUAAAAUAAACAGGCAGCCUGAACUCUCCAUAUGGAACUUGUUUUGUGAUAACCGUUUUCAUUUUUCAUUACAGAGUUGGAUUGGAUACAGGAGUUUUCUCACAAGCUGGAGCAGAAUGAGAAGCUGAGUAAAAUUAAGGUGAAGGUAAAAUUCAAUGUUUUAAUAAUGCUUGUCUGAGUUGUCUUAACUUAUGUAUCCAAAACAUUCUUAUAAGAUCCGGGGAAGGAGGUGAGUAUUUUACCAUUAUAAGGCACACAAAAAAUGUGGAUUGUUUUGUUUGUCAAAGACAGAUUUAAGGAGAAUUUUGAACUAUUUUAUGUUGGUCACAGG